UAAAGGCUAGACAGCUACCGUCUAUAAACUUUGCAAUCUAGGAUGCAAUUUGACAAAUAUUUUCAAGUUUGAAGUGUAUGUACUGACUUUUUACAUCAAUUUUAAUGAUAUUUACAUUAUGAUAUUCGUCCCGUUCUUCGAGAAAAUGUAAUGUAUAGAAAUAAAACAGAUCAUGACGGACUACUCUGUAAUAUUAAUAAGAUAUAACUUAAUUAUUAUAUUGUUUCUUAUAAUUUUUACCGACUCUUUACUACAGUCGGGUUACGAAGACGAAAAUAUUAUGAAAAUAGUAAAAAGAAAUUUGCUAUGCAGAGAAAAGGAAUACCUAAAAACUAGACCUUUAAGUGAAAAUUUAAAAAGCUUUAUUAGAAGAGUAAAAAGGGAGAACAAGUAUUCGAAAGUGAAGAGAAAUAGAGGCUCAAUACAGGAUAACAUGUACGUAUUACGCGGUGGUGAUAUAAUUCCAUUAAAGCAACUUAACGUUAGGGAUACAGGGGAAUAUAAAGACAUUACGCAAAAAGGCGACAAUGUCCUGCAAGGAAAAUUUACCGUAGUACCAUUGAUAGUGCCUAGAGAAAAUGCUAGUACCGAUGAUGUUCAAACCACGUGUAUUUAUGACGAAGAAAAUACCACAAUUAGUACAACUGCUACCGCAAAUAUAUCUGCGAUAGAAAAAGUCACCGAUGAAUAUGAUAUGGUACCAGUUGAAGCUACGACAAAAGGGGAACUAUUAGGGAAAGUCAUCAAAGAUAUUAAAGAAUUGGUGACUUUCGAAAAAAAGUCCAGACCGCAAGGGGAAGCCAGUCUUUGCAACGUGACCGGCGAUUGGGACAGUUUUGCUGGAGGAAUGCAAAUUAGAGUCUCGUUUGGAUUCGGGAUACCAUCCAAGUCACCCAAAAUAUCAUUGGUUACAUUAGAACCGCCGAGAGAAGGGUUCCUAACUGAUAAUAACUGGAACGCUACGGGUAUAGCACCGUUCCCGAAUUCUUCGAUGAUAUCCUUUACAGUUGUGUCUACAACAACUAAAAAACUUGCCAUGUUUCUCGGUGAAUGCCGUAUUUGCGAGGGAGCGGAAAGCAUCACGGGCUUCUGGAUGUUGAGACGGAGAUCAAAGAAUUGUAAAGACAGGGAAGAAGCUAACGCUUUCUUCAGCGAUGUCCUCAGGAAGAACAACGUCAGACGGUUGCAGCACGAACAUCUUGAUGAGCUCGUUUCUACAAUUGUACCACUAGAGCGGAAAUAA